AUUCCUCUGUAGUAGAACUUGAAGAAGUCAUUAAAGCAUGAAGUGGCAAAAUGAAGCUACUUUCAAGAAUACUGGUAUUGACCUGUUUUUCUAUGGUCCUCACAAGACAAGUUGAUAAAAGCAACUCAAAUUCCAAAUUCAACCAAUAUCAGACAUGGAAUGCAAAACUGUACCCAGUGUGGAAAGAUGGAGACCUUCACCAUAAAAACAGCUGGGCAGGUGGAGAACUAAAGUUUGACGUGAGCAAUGAUGCACCCACCUUGACCGGUGCCAAAAUCUCCUUCACAAUUGACAUUAUAUUCCCUCACAACCAGAGAGUCUUGCCCAACGGACAAGUUGUUUGGGCCAAAAACUGCACGAUCAAUGGCACACAAUUUCAUGAAGGAGAGCCUAUCUAUCCAGAGGAGAACUCUGCAGAUGCUUGGAAUGCUGUGUUCCCUAAUGCUCCUCCUCUUCACAAACAGGAGGAUGAGAAACCACCCUAUGUCUUUGUAUGGAAAACCUGGGGGAAAUACUGGCAGGUGUGCGAUGGCCCCUCCUCUUCACUUACUAUAAGCACUGAUGGUGUUCCUCUUGGCUCUUACAUGAUGGAUGUUGUCAUCUAUCACUACAGGAAGAGGGAUAAAUUCAUUCCUAUUGGAUAUGUCUCCACACAGUUCAGCAUCACUGACCAGAUUCCCUUUGCGGUUUCCCUGUCGCAGGUGCAUGACAAAGAUGAAGGAGAUCAUACAUUCAUUCAGAACAGAGCUGUGGCCUUUAUCAUCACCCUUCAUGACCCUAGCCAAUACCUGAGCAAAUCAGAUGUGACCUUUAACUGGGACUUUGGGGAUGGCAGUGGCACUGUAAUCUCUAGGGAACUCACCGUCACACACACUUAUAUUUCAUCUGGUGCCUUCAAGCCCCAAGUAGUCAUUCAAGCAGUCAUUCCAGACCCAUCUUGUGCUACUCCACCAAACCCUCCAACUGAAGCCAAUCCUACAACCAGUUCCUUCACCUCUGAGAACCACAUCCAAUCUAAUUGGGACAUCACAACAGAUCGUGCAGCCAAGCAGUCUUCAGAUCCUGUUGUAAAAUCCACACCUGCAUUUGCAAUUAAAAUAAUUCCACCUGCACCUCCAAAUGAAGAUGUAGGCUUAGUUCAGAGGAUAGAAUUUACUCUUCCAACAAGAUCCAGCCAGGAAGAGCAGCCUUUAGGACAACCUAACCCUAAUCCUAGAACAUCCAUAAAAAUCCCUGUGUCAAAUGUUGCAACUGAGUUAUCCAAUAUAUUGACUACUAUGACAAAGACCACACAAAAGGCAUCAGCUGCAACAGACUCAAGGAUGUUGAAAAAAGACACCGUUCAAGACCUGGCCGUAGCAAUAAUGAAGCGCCAGGCACCAGAGACAGACAACUGUGUUAUUUACCGUUAUGGCUCCUUCUCAACUGAGGUUGAAGUUAUUGAGGGCAUUGAGAGUGUGCAGAUCGUCCAGGUGGCCGUAGCUGAUGGAUUUAUGCUGUCAGAGAUGGACCAGAAUGCUGUUGAUUUCACAGUUACCUGUCAAGGAAGCCUCCCCACUGAGGUGUGCACUGUGGUGUCGGAUGCAGACUGCCAUAUGCCAGUUAGGACCUUCUGCAAUGCUGUGAGGCCCUCUACAGAGUGCCAACUCAUCCUUCGACAUUUCUUUAAUGAUUCUGGGAUCUACUGUAUCAAUGUGUCAAUGACUAAUGAUGUCAGUUUGGCUGUCACGAAUGCCAGGGUUAAUAUUAACAUAGCAGGUUCCAGAUUCACAUCUGCAGGUGCCAUUGUUAUGGUAUUGGGCAUCCUGACUGUCGCAUCAGUAAUGGGCUCUGUGGCUUUUGCAUAUAAGCAUCUCAAAGGGUAUCACAAACUCACUGAGGUUCCUGCUGCAUGCCAAUCUGAUGGUGCUAUCGUGAGCUCUAUGGCAGCUCUCUUCUGGAGCCUGGUGAAUCAGCGGGCAUUGAGUCAGAAACUAGGAGAGGUGUGAAUUUAAUUUUUAAACACCUUUCAAUAAUUAACAAAAAUUUCAAAUGAAUGUUACUUUGGCACUAUUUUACAUGUAUAGCUUAAGUUAAACAAAGAUGCAUUUAAUUUUUGCUUUUUACAAUUUUUAAGUCAAUUAUUGAAUUGGGAUGUUGUAUUCUUUUUAUACUCACAUGUGACCCCAAAGUAAUUUUUCUACAAAAACAAACUAAUGUUUAUCAUAGCAUUUGCCUUAAAUUUUUUACUUUUUUAAACUUAAAUUUAAAGAGGAAACCAGACAGUAAUUUGGGUCAGCAUCAUGUAUUCUCUAUAGUUGACACUGUUAGUGAACCUCCAAAGCUCCAUCCAUGCAUUUUUUACUGCAAUUGAAUGAAACAUCAAAGAGCUGCUGUUUGUCAUCGUUAUUUUACACUUUUUUUCAAAAAUGUUCAUGUAACUUUCUCUUCUGGAUUAUAUUAUGAACAAUGUUUUAUUUAAUUGAAGUAAGCUUUUCAAGUAGAGCUAUGGUCUUUAUUAUGACCUGUAUUCCUUCAAUCAUUAAAGCAUAUCACUGCUGUAACUCAUUUGCACCUCCCCAAAAACCUAGAAUGUCCUUAAUACUCUGCUUUGUGACUACUAAUCUACUUUUCCUUUAUCCGAAGCAGUUGGAAGCCAAACUUGGCAAAG